AUGGUGGUCCUCAACAAACAUAAAUUUAUGUUUCUGCUGUCUUCUUGUAUUGCCCUACUCCUCAGGGCGAUGCAUGCAGAUUGUGAGAAAAUAGGAGUCAACUACGGAUUGAACGGAGACAAUUUACCAGCCCCGGGUGACGCGGCUUCUUUAGUGAAGAGAAACAAUAUUGGGAAAGCGAGAAUUUUCUUAGCAAACCACGAUAUACUUAAGGCGUUUGCAAAUUCUGGAAUCGACAUAAUUGUAGGAGUGGACAACAGCGAGUUGCAGGCGGUUGCUUCUAGCCAAGACUCUGCAAAUGGGUGGGUUAAUGACAAUGUUAAGGCUUUCUAUCCUUCCACUAAUAUCAAAUACAUUGCUGUAGGAAACGAGGUUUUGGGAAUGCCGAUCAAUACUCAGUACGUGCCAUAUCUUGUUCCUGCAAUUCUAAACAUUCAAACAGCGCUUGAAACCGCAAAUCUGCAGAACAACAUCAAGGUCUCCACAGCCCACGCCAUGACUGUCAUUGGAACCGGCUUCCCUCCGUCCCAGGGAACUUUUAAAGACACGGUGAAAUAUAGCAUGAUCUCUAUUCUCCAAUUCCUCCAAGACCAUGCCUCUCCUUUCAUGGCUAACGUUCACCCCUAUCACAGCUACGACGACAACAGGAAAUUCAUCGCUUUGGAGUACGCGCUCUUUAAGCCCACACCUCUCGUUAAGGAUGGUAAUUUGUCAUACACCAACUUGUUUGACGCCAUGGUUGAUACUCUUAUCUCUGCAAUGGGAUCCUUGGGACAUCCAGACCUGCCAAUUAUGAUCACUGAAACCGGAUGGCCAUCUGCAGGCAAGGAUGUGGCAACCAUUGAGAAUGCCCAGACUUACAACAAUAAUCUCAUCAAACAUGUAUUGUCCAAAACAGGGACGCCAAAGAGGCCUGGAAGGAGCAUAGACACAUAUAUCUUCGCUCUUUUCAACGAGGACUUGAAGACUUAUGCUGAAACGGAGAAACACUGGGGCCUUUUCUACCCUAAUGGGCAGCCUGUCUACCCAGUAAACUUCUCCCCUAACUAG